AUGCGGAUCUUACGAUUUCUUCAGAAACAAGCAUCGACAAAGAAUGAAUACGGGAAAUCUCAAUACCAGCAGAGCUUCGAGAGUGUGCUGCGUCCAGCCCAAACUGCGGAUUUCGACAAAUCUGACCGGGCAGAGGCGAUCAAGCGGCAAUUUAGAAAUGAUAUAUAUGAUAUGGGUGGACAGCUUUGCAGUCUUCCCAUCUGCGCUUUUAGGUAUUGA